UUGCACGUUUCCAGAGGUGGAAAGUAGUGGAGUGCAAAUACUUCNAACAGGCUCUUCUUUCGGCCUCCUGCUCGGCGUCUUUCUGUUCUGCGGCCUGGCUCUUCUGGGCCUUCUUACAUUCGUCUCCUGGAAGCUGUGCCGUGUGCCUCUGCGGACGAAGGCCCAUCUCUCCAGCCCCUCCCUCACGCUGACCUGCGACCCCGAGAUCUGCCCGCUUCAGCCGACCAUCCUGCUGCCCAGCCCCCUGCAGUCACCGGUCACCAUGGCGACAGAGAAGGUGAAGGACCCCAUGGGCUCGAUGGGUUUCCUGGAGGCGGCGGUGAAGAUCAGCCACACGUCGCCCGACAUCCCCGCCGAGGUGCAGCUCUCCAUGAGGGAGCACUUCCUGCGCCGCACCACGCGCAUGCAGAGGCAGGCCACCGAGCCCGCCUCCUCCACUCGGCACAAUUCAUUCAAAAGACACCUUCCCAGGCAGAUGCAGGUAGGCAGUCUAGACCUGGGGUACGACUACACGCCGGACAAUGACGAUAGGCCCACAAGCAUCGGUCGCAUCCAGCCAGAACUCUACCAACAGAAGACCCUGGAGUCGGAGGAUUCGUCCAAGAACGGCAGCAGCAAAAACUGUGGCAGGAUUAACUUCUCUCUCAAGUACGACUACGAAAACGAGGCGCUCAUAGUCAACAUCAUCAAGGCGUCAGACCUCCCUGCCAAGGACUUAUGUGGGACGUCUGACCCUUAUGUGAAGGUGUACCUGCUACCCGACCGCAAGAAGUUCCAGACUCGCGUCCACCGGAAGAUGCUCAACCCCAUAUUCAACGAGAGCUUCCAGUUUCCUGUGCCUUACGACGAGCUGGCGAUCAGGAAGCUCCACAUGAGCGUCUUUGACUUUGACCGCUUUUCACGGCACGAUAUGAUCGGCGAGGUGGAGCUGGACAACUUGUUUGAGACAUCAGACCUCUCCAGGGAAACUAACAUAUGGAGGGACAUCCAAUACGCCAGCACGGAGCAGCAUCGGCCGAACUCCGCUGCUCCUCCGUGCAGAGAGUCUGCAGCGGUGCGUGUCAGCGACGUGCAGUCAGGGGAGGCACGGAUUGGCUAUCGGGAGAGUCGGGACUUAAACGCCGCGGCUUUCUGGCUAGCACUUAGCAUGUGGGACCGGACAGCUUUGAUCCCCAUCGACAAUGGCGAUUCGAGA